CCAGUAAUUAACCGUUUUUCGAGAGAUUUAAGUGAAUUUUCUUCAUGAUACUUUGAUUCCCACCGAGGAUUAGCUGGAAUUAUUGGCUAAAUUCAUUUUAAAAGUUGACGAAAAACAUAGAUACAAUUAUGUCUGAUGUCUGUGAGCGUGGUCAUGGGAACGCACAGUAACUACCAAUAGUUUAUGUAGAUCCAUGUCGUCUGUCGAUAAAAAGAAUAGUUAUAUACAAGUGAAUUCGGUCACAAGUCCGGCUCGAUGAUUAAUAUUCAUGGUCCUGUUCAAAGAUAAAAACAGAGAUAAGUACUGUUUCACACAAGAAGACCAUGAUUCCUCGGGAAAUAUAUUUUGUGUUUUGUUGCCUCGUCUCCAUUUUCCUGAAUGGAGGCCAAUGCGAGAUGACGGUGGAUGAGGUGUACAGGACAACUCUUGAACUUACAGAGAUUGUCAACAACCUUGCCAAAACGGUCGUCGUUCAAAAUAACCGAAUUGCCUAUCUUCAAAGAGCGUUCAACAAACAGCGCAUGAACUGUCUAAAGACUGCUCUUUACAACCAGGAGAAAACAAUUAACGAUGCUGAUGUUGCCAGUGGUGAUCUUUUUCCAACGUCGCCGAAGGAGAACUCUACUGAUUUAUCUUCCAUUUAUAACAACUCAAGUGAACGGGCUCAUCCAUCUGCGAAAAGUCUUCCACCAGCUUCAUUUCGUCCCUCUGUCAUUCGUAAAGGGCGACUUUUGAUACCCCCGUCUACCCAGCAUCCCACAACUGCACCGAGAACCACAGCAUUCUACGCCUACCUGUCUUCCGAUGUUUCACAUACAGGACAAGGACAAAUUCUAAGAUAUGAUGUCGUUAAAGCGAACGCUGGUAAUGGAUAUUAUCGAAGCUCCGGGGUCUUCAUAGCCCCUGAAUCGGGAUACUACGUAUUCAGUUGGACCAGCAGGAUAAAACAUUAUGGUGGUAAUGGAGAAGAUCAUGCUUUAGAACUGGUGGUUGAUGGAGUAGUGUAUGGGAGUAUUUAUAUGAAAUCGUUGUCCGGUGAAGAUGGACAGGCGACUGGCGUGGCCAUUGCACACGUUAACCGAGGUGAUAACAUUUACAUCCAGACACAUUCCCAAGACCCAGGUUCCGGUGCCAUUCGUAGCGAUUUCUACGGGAGAUCAUCUUUUGCCGGCUGGAAGAUAUAUUAAAUUUGUAUAUAAAGCGCC